GGGUGAGUAAAUUAUCUGAUACUGUUGGCCCUUUUCAGUAGUUUCAAGAUAUAAGCAACCAGAAGUAAACUGUUUAAUGGUGCUUUAAAAUAUAGAACAUGCCAUAUUAGGGCAGAAUAAUUCUAUUCUAGUCAUAUCUAUUGAAUUCUAUUCCAUUCUGUUCUGUUAUGUUCUAUUGAUCAUAGUAUUAUUUACCAAACAAUAAGAAGAUAAUAUCUUUUUGUUACCUUUUUCUUAUCUAUGUAUCGAGCAAUAUCCAGUAAGUGUUUACUGCUGCAAAUAUAUUCGAGCAUUUGUUACAGGCUGUAAAACUAAAAAUAGAGGAAAGUUAUAUACAUAUACCUAAAAAGGUCUAGCACAUACCGUAAGAUCUAAUGUAUUGAAUAGCCUGUCAGAAUUAAUAAAGAACAAUCCAGAGCACUCCACAUUUAAAGUAAAGACCUCAGUAGAAAAGCCCUGCUGUUCCUGUCAUUGAAGCCUCUCAGCAUCAGGCAUGGAUUCUCAAGGACCCUAUCUGAACCUGAAUGCCGUGGCCUCCCCAGUGGGCGUGGCCCGGGUGUGGCAGAUCGUUUUCAGCUGCGUCACCGUGAGCCUGGUGGCGCACCAGGCAGGCUUCAGCGCGGCCUACGGGACCUUCUGCAUGUUCGUAUGGUGCCUCUGCCUCACCACGACGGCCUGCGUGGUCGCGUUGGAGUUCACGCGGCUGCACACCUGCCUCCGGCUCUCCUGGGACAACUUCACCAUCACCUUCGCCAUGCUGGCCACGCUCAUGUGCGCCACGGCCUCCGUGGUCUACCCCGUCUACUUCCUGCAGGCGCAGUGCCCUUACGAGGGCUGCGAGGUCCGCAACUACCGCAUUGCCGUCACCGUCUUCUCCUGUCUGGCCUCCGUGGCCUACCUUGCUGAAGUCAUUGUCGCCAGGGCCAAGCCUGGCCAUGUGUCGGGCUACAUGGCCACGGCGUCGGGCCUCCUCAAGAUCGUCCAGGCCUUCGUGGCCUGCAUCAUCUUCGGGGCGCUCAUCAACGAGAGCCAGUACAGACGCCACGCGGCCACCCAGUACUGCGUGGCGGUGUACAGCUUCUGCUUCGCCGUCACAGUGAUCGUGGUCCUGUUGACGGUCUCGGGGAAGACGCCUUUGCUGCGGUGCCCCUUCGACCGCUUUGUGGUGGUCUACACCUUCGUGGCCGUGCUGAUGUACGUGAGCGUGGCCGUGAUCUGGCCCGUGUUCUGCUUCGACAAGAAGUACGGCAGCCCCGAGCGGCCCUACAACUGCCCCCGGGGCAAGUGUCCAUGGGAGAGCCAGCUAGUGGUGACCAUCUUCACCUACAUCAACCUGAUCCUGUACAUCGCUGACCUGGCCUACUCACAGAGGAUUCGCUUCAUCACCCAGCCUUAAGACUGCUGUUCACCUGGGACACCUCCAACCGCGUGGCCCCCAGCGCCACGAAUAAUAGUCCAUUUCCGAUAUUGCUCUAAAUCAUGCUAUGCCAUCAUGUCAUUAACUUGUACAAAACUGCAGGAGUAGAUUGCCUUUUCUGGAUGGGAAACUGUGUCUAAAAGAUUCUUCACUCUAAAAGGGGAUCAGGGACUAGUAACAACCCAGCAUGGAGAUCUUCUCACAUCCACUACUAAUGAACAUGAGAAAGCAGUCACACAUCUUCUAUUAGCUCUGCUUUGAUACAAACAGAACUAGAGACUCAUUUCUUAUCUGUGCCUGUGCUUGGUAAAUGUGUAAAAUACGUUGCAGUUUGAUAGCAAUGCCAGACUUCCCAGUAAUAACCCUGUCUUAUAUAGAUGUUUACCUGUUGUUUUAUGCAGUACUCAUAUUUAAUUUCUACUAUUUCCUAAGGACAUUGUAAUACCUGUGGGCUUUGUGUUUUUCAAGUUAGAUAUUUUAUUAACGUUUGUUAUCAGAGAUUGUAUCCUUGUUCACUGGUCUUUUACCAGGUGCUUGAAGGGAAAAAUAACACUGACACAGAGUGUACUGGUUUGAUGAAUGGAUUAGCAUUGCAGAGCCUCACUUGUAGAAAUGUGACAUUGAUCAGUUUGUGUGUGUGUGUGUGUGAGCGUGUUCUUCAGAAGUGACCUUGCUGUGUGUACUGUACGCGUUUAAAGAAUGCACCUUCAACAGCACAGUCCCCUCACAGGCUUCGCUGGGGUGCUGGUAACUGGAGUUUACUGCCUGGGUAUGUUAGUGGGAUUCUAACUGGAAAAUUCUGAGCUGCCUACUGCAGGGAUAAAACACUGCAAGAUGUACAGGCUGAUUAAAAAACCCUGGAUAUGUGUGUGACAGUGCUGAAAAAAAACAGGAAUUAAUUAAAGACUGGAGUAAAUGCUGUGAAAACAUGGCCCCUCAUGUCUUCCUGUAACUCUGUAAAUAGUAAUACUGGCAUUUAUGUCAACUCUGGAAAAAAAAAUCUAUAUGAAAUGCAUUAGAUAAAAUGAGUCUUGUUUCCAAAAAGCACCUGCUGUUUUUGCUUCAGUCAACUGUGUUCAAAUUUCACAUUUUACCAGGAUAGAAUCCUCAUUUUACAAGGGGGUCCUGGCAUUAGGAAUAACUGCCCUUAAAAAAAAAAGAAAUCUUUAUUUAUUUAUUGCUCCUGGUUUAUUUGUCUGUUUUUUUUAUCCUUAUAUUAAAAAGUAAAAGAAAUCCCAUUGUUUUGCUAUUGGUCUAUGUCUUAUGAUGACUCAGAUGCAAAAAUGUCUAGGACGAUGUUCUAAUGAAGGUUUAUACUGUAUCCAAUGCACUGUUCUUUGAUUCUAGUAUUGCAAAUUCUGCUGAUCAGUAUAUUAGCUUCUUACCUGUCUUACUAAAACCAUAUCGAUACAACUUGACCCUGCUGUAGCUGUUGGCUGGUUUAUGAAUGU